GCGGGAGUUAUAGGACUCGAUGUAGCUCUCAUUCUUGCCGAGAAUGGUUACGGCCAUCAUACCACCGUCGUUGCACAACAUUUGCCUGGAGACACCUCCGUCGAUUACACCUCUCCCUGCGAUAAGAACGCCCUGAUCUGGGACAAGGCUGGCUACAAACGCCUCAUGAAACUUGCUGCGACAGAAGGACCUGAAGCUGCCAUCAGAAAAACACCAUCAUAUGAAUACUGGGAUGAGAAGCCGCCAGAGCAGAAGCUGACCUCUCUUGCGGACUACCUUGAGGAUUUUGCUGUCUUGCGUCGCGAUCAGCUCAUCCCAGGUACCGCUUUUGGCGUCUCAUUCACGACGGUCACCAUCAAUGCACCUCGCCACAUACAGUAUCUGAGAAAGAAGCUCGAGAGUUUCGGUGUUCGAUUCUUCCGUCGCAAGAUUGAGCAUCUGAACCACGCCUUCCUUAGCAACCAGACCAAGGUUGUGUUCAACUGCAUAGGCAAUGCCGCUCGCCACUUGCCAGGUGUCCAAGACUCCAAGUGUUACCCUGUCAGGGGACAAAUCUUGCUCACACGCGCACCACAAAUUGAAGCGAAUGUCAUGCGACAUGGAAAGGACUAUGAGACCUACAUAAUCCCGCGACCAUUUUCGAACGGUAAUGUCAUCCUUGGUGGCUUCAUGCAGAAGAACAACAGUACUGGAGAUACAUUUGCCCACGAGGUCGAGUCCAUUUGGCAAAGAACUUCGACUCUCGAACCAUCAUUGAAUGUGCCUGAGACAGAGAUACUCGCGACCUUCGCAGGGCUUCGGCCUGGCAGAGAAGGUGGCGCACGCAUUGAGAUGGAAGAGAGGCGUACUGGACAUAUGGUUGUUCACAACUACGGAGCUGGAGGAACAGGAUAUCAAGCUGGACUCGGAAUGGCAACCGAGGCUGUCGGUCUUGCUCUGCCUCAUCUCCUCAAAAGCGUGAAGACCGCGGAUACUGUCGACCUGAUGGCGGCUGAGAGACAAGCCACUCGGCCGAGCUUG